AUGGUUAAAGUUGGAAUUAUUUGUGACUUUGAUUUUGGACUGCUUUUGUUACUUAGAGAUUGUUACUUCCAAAUAGGAGAGGAAGUGAACAUGAAUUUGACCAUAACAUAUGGGUUCAGAAUAUUGGUGGAGACGAUGAUUGAUUGGAUUGACAGAGAAGUAAACAUGAACAAAUCUUACGUCCUCUUCCGAACUUAUUCUCCCGUGCAUUUCAGAAUUGGUUCAUGUCCUCCCAAAGAAGAGAGGGCACUGAAUACUGGUUGUUACAUGAAGUAUUCCUCACACAAGUUUUAUUACAAUUCAACCACUAUUGCUUCUGCAUCUGGGAAUCAUGGUGAGUCAAACUUACAGUUUGGUGCACUGUUGGAUAGAGUGAACAGGUCCAAGAUAAAUAUGGCAUAUAAAAUCCUUGAAAAAGCUACAAAUUACUUCAAUGAUGUGAAUAAGCUAGGACAAGGUGGAUCAGGCAUAGUUUAUAAAUGGGGUACUCUAAUAUUCAGAGCGAGUCAUGUCUUUGGGAUGAUGGGAGCUGCACUUGUCACAUCUGCAGAGUUAACUGGGACUUUCUUUGCAGCAGCCAGAAUCUCUGGUGCAACACCACCUCCAGCCCAUGUGCUCAGCCAAAGUAUUGGGCUUCAGGAUAUAGGCAUGUUGCUUGAAGGCAUUUUUGGUGCUACUGUUGGUACUACCGCACCAGUUUUGCUACAAAUCUGGGUACAUGACAUAAUUAUUAAGCCAAAGUAUCUUGUAACCUUUACUGUUGGAUAUAAUCAAAGAUACAACAUUAAUGCUGCAAUGCAAAAGGCUAGUGAGUGGGAUGAAUUUGAAUGGGCAAAGAGAGGUAUCCAUAUCUCUGCAAUCAAGCAAACUAAAAGAUUGCUAGGAGGAUUUCCAACCAUUGACUGGGAAGUGACGUACAAGAUCAUACUAGGAAUUGCUAAGGGCCUGGCCUAUCUUCAUGAAGAGUUGCAUGUUAGAAUCAUUCAUAGAGACAUAAAAUUAAGCAACAUUCUGCUAGACAAUGACUUCACACCAAAGAUUGUGGAUUUUGGUCUUACUAGAUUGUUUUCAGAAGAUAAGUCUCACCUUAGCAUAGCCAUUACUAGCACACUGUAA